UCCUUCUCUCGCAGCUCCACGCGGUCCAAAGAGGAGGCAGACGCCCGGAGCCAGGAGUCUCCCCCACCUCCCGGAGAUCCAUAUGUUGAAGCCCCAACCCCCGAUGUGACUACAUUUGGAGAUGGAGCCUAUAAAGAGUUUCUAGGACCGGACGAAAAUAAUUUGCUGAGAUGUCAGCUGGGAAUUCUCCCAGGGAAAGCUUGGAAAUGGAGAGCUUCCACACAAGAUUCAGUGCCUGGACAGCUUUUAGCAACAAGUCAUUAAAUCGACAGCUCUUUCAGGAAAAAGUUGCUCUUAUAAGUCAUUGGUUUGACCUCUGGACUAACAAGCAACAUCAAGAAUUCUUAUUCACGAUUUUUUUAUGAUGCACUAAAUCACAAUUAAGGUUUGUCCAAGACUGGUUUUCAGAAAGGAUGCAAGUGGCCAAAGUGGAUUUCUCUACCAUUUUCAUUUCUCUAUAUAUCUUUUCCUUUCUGAAUCCAAAAGAUUUGUGUGCAGCUGCACAAGUCAGCUGGCCCUGGAAAUUUUUAACUGAACAGGAUUGCUUAUGGAUGCCCAAACGCAUGAAGUUUGGAUGGUUUCUGCCCUAUACGCCAACAGAUAAUGAGUAUGGUGCUUAGAAGCACCAUUACAUUGCUUGUGUGUCCAACUUAGAUUGGCUAACCCCUAGGGAAGCCGCAGCUCUUUAUGGGACCCUGAAUGAACCCAAAACAGAAGAUGAGCAACUAAAGGAGAGGCAAAGAGAAAAGUGCCUAAGGAAAAUAAUUUGGGAGAAAACUGCACUACGUAAGAAGGAUUUGCUCAAAGUUCGACCCCCUUGGGUGAAUGGAACAUGCUGCUCUAGAUUGUUCAAAUCCAAAUGCCAACCACGUCUCUCCCAGACUGUGAGGGAUCGAGUGGGAUUACACGAAACUUUGGAGAAACAGCUUGUUUUGGCAUCUUUAGAAGCUUUGCCCAAGCGAAGCAAUGUUUCUGGAUGCCAUUCCUACCCUUUAUUAUCAAAGAAAAAUUGGCAUGGAGUUUAUAAAAAUGACAGCAGCUCUUCCCAUGCUCUCCAGCCACACUUCAUAUUAAUAUCAUCUCGGAUUCCUGCAUAUGAGGUACAGAGUGUGUUAGGAGGCCAGUCCUUUUUUGAAUCGGGCUAUAAAAUUGGUAUUAAAAAUUUACUGAGGCCUGAAGUGAGAGACUUCUGGGAGAAAUUAGGAAGCUAUGUGGCCCCUGAAGAAGAAGGGGGUCACGUGGACCUCUUUGUACCACUCGGAGCAUCAGAGGCAGGAAGAGAAGUUCUUUCUCAGCUGUCUCAACUGACUGGCACAUUAUUGACCACCCCCACUGGGAUUGCCACCGCCUCGUACCAACACAUUCUUAGUGACUGGCUGGGAUGACAGUGGGAAAGGGCGCCCCCUUCCACCUACUUCAGCGAAUCAAAGCUGCAGACAUGGUCCAGCCUCACCGACUUCCUGGAAGACACCUUGAAAUCAGUAAGGAAACAACUAAGUCCUCUCUUCAAGGAGUUGCAGAAGAACAUAAGUGGCAGGAUGACAGGGCAAUUUGUAUCUGACACCAUGAGUAUGGCUAACAUUCUGAAUAACCAAGAAAUUAUACAAGCUCUGGCAGAGGGAUUGAUAGAACUUUCAAAAGAAAAUUCUGAAAGAAAUGUUAUAGAAGAUAAUCCUCAGGACACAAAAUCAAGUCUCAGCAAAAACGGUCCAAAUUUUGAGUUGCUGGUUGAGUUGGAGAGAAAGCUGCAGCUGGACUCAGCCGAAAAGCGGACCAGCGUCGUCAGUGAACUCUUACAGAGUGAGAGAAAAUACGUGCAAAUGCUGGAAAUUGUGAGAGAUAUUUACAUACGGCCACUUAGAGCAGCACUGUCAUCAAAUAGAGCAAUUCUGAGCGCGGCAGAUAUCCAGACCAUUUUCUCUGAUAUUCUGCUGAUUUUAUGUCUCAGCAGGUGGUUUCUAGAUGACUUGAGAGACAGACUACAGGAAUGGGGCCCAGCUCAAUGCGUGGGAGAAAUAUUCAUAAAGUUUGGAAGCCAGUUGAACAUAUACACCAAUUUCUUUAACAAUUACCCUGUUGUUCUGAAAACUAUGGAGAAGUGCAGAGAAAUGAUACCAGCAUUCCGAGCUUUCCUGAAGAGGCAUGAUAAGACCAUUGUUACAAAGAUGCUGAGCCUUCCGGAGCUGCUUUUGUACCCAUCCCGAAGGUCUGAAGAAUAUAUUCAUCUUCUCUAUGCUCUGAGGCUUCACAAUCCUGCAGAACAUGUUGACCGGGACUUGACCACUGCAAUUGAAGUAAUCAAAAAAUACAAAGGUUACAUAGAUCAGAUGAAGAAGAACAUCAAUAUGAAAGAUCAGCUGUCAGACAUAAUCAUCUGCGGGUGCCCGACUCUAUCAGAAGUAAACAGAUAUCUGAUUAGGGUCCAAGAUGUAGCCCAACUUCACUGCUGUGAUGAGGAAGUAAGUUUCUCUUUAAGGCUCUAUGAACAUACCCGUGAUCUCAGUCUUUUCCUCUUCAACGAUGCACUGCUUGUUUCUAGUCGGGGCACGUCUCAUACUCCGUUUGAAAGGACUUCAAAAUCAGCCUACCAUUUCAUUGCAUCAGUGGCCCUUCAGAGACUACUCACAGAAGAUAUUCCAGAUUCCAAAUCUAUCAAGAAUGCAUUUAUUCUUCAAGGUCCAAAACAUGAAUGGAUUUGUGCUACAGAAGUUGAGGAUGAUAAAUUCCUGUGGUUGUCAGUACUCCAAAACGCCAUCGAAAGUAGUAUGGAAAAGUGA